CACCUCCUCCCCCCACAUCUUUUCCUUUUUUUCUUCCCCCUCUCGAUUUUCUUUUUCUUCGCUUUCUUCUUCAGAGUCUCUCGUGGUGUCUGACUCCGCCCCUCUAGCCGGGCGCCGGCAUGAGCUGGCUGAGCAGGUUGAACCCACGGGGUCCCGGGAGUCGGACGGGCCGGAGCUCCGCCCCCUCCGGCCCCUGCACCGCCGACCCGGAGACCUGCCUCAUGGUGUUUGAGAACCACUGGAGACAGCUCUCGUGGGUGUUGGAGCAGCAGGAGCCCUCGUCCUCCAGCGACGACCUGACGGCGGUGAGGAAUCACACCGACCAGAUGCUGUGUCUGCUGGCAGAGGAGCGGCCUGUCGAGAGCCCCGAGGGUGGCGCCGGCAUCGCGCCCAUGGGCCCCAUACUGGAGCUGGUGGUCACCGAGAACAUCCUGGAGCGCCUGGUCCAGUGGCACCUCCGCCACGGCCUGGACCCCGACAGCCAGGGGGCGCUGCUCAAGCUGUUUGAGAUGCUCAUCGGCCAGUCGCAGCAGUCGCUGCUGCAGCACACGGCCGUCCUCCACCCGCUGCUGAGGCUGCUGGGAGCGUGCGCCAACCCAGAUCUCGGUUGCCCUCUAGCCCUGGAAAACAGCCUGGUGCUGCUGCUCAACCAGAUCUGCGUGUCCAUGGCACGGCAGCCGGUGGUUCUGGAGAUGUUGUUCCGGGCAGCACCGGCCCAGCAGGGCUCCACCAACCUGCUCAUCUUCUCCCUCCUCGUGCCGUUCAUCCACCGGGACGGAGCCAUCGGACAGCAAGCCCGCGACGCGCUGCUGCUGGUCAUGGCGGCCUCGGCCAGCAACGAGUCUGUGGCGCGGUACAUCGCCGAGAACUCCUACUUCUGCCCGGUGUUGGCGACGGGCCUCAGCGCUCUCUACUCCUCCCUGCCCAGGAAGAUUGAGGUCCGCGGGGACAACUGGCAUGCCCUGCGGCGGGAGGACUGGAUGGGCGUGUCGUCGCUAGUGCUGUUCAUGAACUCACUGGAGUUCUGCAAUGCCGUGGUGCAGGUCGCUCACCCGCUGGUCCGCUCCCAGCUCCUGGACUACCUCCACAACGGCUUCCUUGUACCCGUCAUGGGCCCCGCUCUGCAUAAGUCGUCGGUGGACGAGAUGAUCGCCAGCACCGCCUACCUGGACCUGUUCCUGCGCAGCGUGUCGGAGACGUCCCUCCUCAAAACCUUCCUGCGCUUCAUCCUGCUGCAUCGCCACGACAACGACACCAUCCUGGACACGCUGCUCACACGCAUCAGCAGCAAUUCACGGCUCUGCAUGGUGUCACUGAGCCUCUUCAGGACGCUCCUGUCCCUGAACUGUGAAGACGUCAUGCUGCAGCUCGUUCUCAGGUAUCUACUGCCCUGUACCCACGUCAUGCUGAGUCAGCGUCGCGCUAUCAGGGAGACGGACCUGUACGGAAAGUCGGCCGACAAGUUCCUGUCGCUGAUCCCGGAGUGCUGCCGGCUGAACGUGGCGUCCUCCGCUGAGCGGGACGACGACGGUGCAUUCUGGGCCAAAGUGAACAGUCCCAGCACAGAGUCCCCAGCGCCGCCCAGACCCAGCACCCCAUCCCGCUUAGCCUUCUUCAUCCGCCAACAGAGCAGCGGAGGUGGACCGGGAGGCGGGGGUCCCUCCACCCCCACCAGCACGGAGCCGCUGCAGUUGGGCGCCUCCUCCUCCUCCCGCCCUCUGUCCCCCGACAGCCCGAUGCACCAGCAGCAGGCCAACACGGAGUGUCUGGACUGGGACUCGGGUUACCUGGAGUACCUUAAGGACUCCCAUCGGGACAUCGAGGUUUGCUCCUGGGCCUGCCGCGACUGGUCGGCCCCCUACGACGGGGAAAACCCCUCGCCGAGCGCAGCCCCUCCGCCCCCGCCUCCUCCUGCCUCCAACCCCGCCAUGGUUAUGUUCCCCGAGCAUUUCUCUCUCCAGCAGGGAGGAAGCGGCAGCAGCAGCGGCAGCAGCAGCAGCAGCAGCGGCACCUCCCCGGGCCAGCAGAGGGCUGCCGUCGUGGCCGCCGCGCGAUCCGAGUGGAGCAGCUCGGAGCGGGACAGUGGCGAGUGGGACAUUACCAUCGGCAAAAACAACUGCAUCAGCCUCACGCCGCGCUCCAAGAAACGCAGCCUGCAGAGGGAGGAGGUCCUGCUGAAGCCUCUACCUCGUCUCGUCCCCCCCCCCUCCUCCUCUUCGUCCUCAGCCACCCCUGUAUUGGCCUCCCACGCCGCCUCCUCCCCAGCACCUCACAACCCCACCUCUGCCGUCACUGUUAGCUACCAGGCCAUGUAUAACGGAACGACGGGGACGGGGGACGGGUGCUCAGACAACCGGGACCGAGGACUGGAGGUGAAGAAAGUGAAAAGGGACUUGGGGGAGCAGCAGUAUUUGGAUGAAAACGCCAAUCAGAAUGGGUCCCUCCUCACCUGCUCCUCACAAAGCUGCGUUGCUCUGCCGGCGUCCAUUUUUAACGACAGCGAAAUGAGCGACGCCAAAUCGCCUCGCCCCAAUCCGAUUUCCUCGCAAAGCCCCGUCGCCCAGCCGACGUCAGACGCCAAACCGCAGGCCGGCGACGCCUCGAACCCGCGCCUCGCGUCCUCCGAUCUUCUAGAAGCCAACCAGACACAACAGUCCGUGGACAGUCUCAUCCGGGAGCUGCUGGAGCAGGCUCCGGGAGAGCCGCAGCACCCCGGGGACUCCAACGGCCAGGGCAUCAGCAUCGAGGCCUUCACGCAGGAGCUGAGGGAGCUGGAGGACCGGGUGAGGGAGCGCGGCAGAGCGGCCUGCCAGCAGGAGGAAACCGCCACAGAAGGCCGUUCGUCCGAGCGGCGGCAGCAGCAGCUGGAGGAGGAACAGCAGCUGUCCUCGGUACCGGAGGCGAAGCCGACGGGCGACACGAAGGGAGACGGGCCUGUGGUGGGCCUCUGCAGUCCUGCCAGACCGCUGAAUCAGCCCACAUCUCAGCCGUACACAGGUCCGUUCAUGGUGGUCCUGUUUGCCAAGCUGGAGAACAUGCUCCAAAACUCGCUGUACGUCAACAUCCUGCUCACGGGCAUCGUGGCCCAGCUGGCCUGCUAUCCUCAGCCCCUCCUACGCUCCUUCCUGCUCAACACCAACAUGGUCUUCCAGCCCAGCAUCAAGUCGCUGAUCCAGGUUCUAGGUUCUGUGAAGAACCGCAUCGAGGCGUUCGCAGCCUCUCAUGAGGACUUCCCUGCCAUGCUGAAGAAAGCCCAGCAGUACCUGGUGGCCCGAGGCAAAGUGGACUGGGCCGACUCGCCCGCGGCUGUUCCAACCCUGCGGCGCUCCGAUUCAUUAGUGAAGAGUCGUAAGCCGUCCCUCGGGGACCUGAUCCUCCGGCACACCAACAGCCCGACCCGGGCCCGCCACGCCGCCCAGCUGGCCCUCGCGCACGUGCGGGACGGCGGCCAAUCGCUGCACAGCGCUCUGUUCAAGGGCGGCGGAGGCGGGGGGGCCUCCGGCCUGGAGAAGCAAGCGGAGGCGCUGCGGGUGAAGAACGCCGUCUACUGUGCCGUCAUCUUCUGCGAGUUCCUCAAGGAGCUGGCCGCCCUGGCUCAAGAGCACGCCGUCACUCUGCCUUUCCCCCACAGCCGGGAGGCCGAGGAAUAGACGAGAGAGGGACUCUUCAAAUCUAGCUCUUAGCCGACCAUUUCUUUUUUUGAUUUGGCUGUAAAAAUAAUAAUGAGUCCAGUAGGAUUCUCCCAUCGAUAGGACGAACUGGAGCACCGAGACUUUUCUGUCACUAAAGUAGAGUCGUCGUGCAACGACACGGCUGAGAAGAUUUUUUUUUUUUUUUUUUUUUUUACCAAAAUCAUUAUAGGAUACCUAUAGGACUGGAAUAAUAUUCCGUCAUCUGUAAACUUCUACGACAUUGUGCAUAUCAUGUAUUAUAUUUACAUUCUAUACACAGAAGAUCUCAGUCAAUGCUUGAGAUUUAGGAGCUUGUAUAUACACGUUACCGCGUCACGGCAUAAUGCGACACGCCGAAGCCACACACAAACGAAGUAGGUGCACACGCCGGUGCUAGUCUCUCUGUGUUUUAAGUUUGAAAAACGGUGCUUUUUAUCAGGCGGCGCAGAGGAGAAGGAGGUUUCGUCCUCAACAAAAUUGGAACGAAACAGCAAAAAUAGUUUGGCAGAAAGAAACUAUCGAAAGCGUAGACGCGUCAAUCAACCCGCAAAGCGAUCCGAUAGGGAGAAACGGUAAGUGAUCCUUGGAGCAUCUCAAGUGUCCACUUUUAUUCUGAAAACUGUAACACGCAGGUGAGGGAGAGUGUUGCGUUCUCUCCUGUGAAUCAGCAUGGCCAACACAAGUACUGGAAAAAAAAAAACUUUGAGUAAUGAAUACCAUUUUUUUAUUUCCUUUUUUAAUAUUUUGUUUGUCUUUUGCAUUUGCACCAUUUUUAGACAUAUCAGCAUUGCGUGGGAGCAGGUGUUGUCUGCCGGGGGUUUAUUUGAACUCCUUUCCAAAAAAAAAAAAAGGGUGACGCCAACUCUCCAGGCCAUCAGUGAGCCAUUCACCUGUUGCCAUAAAGGAGGCCGUGGGGUUUUGAAAAGGCAGCGCCGCUUUGCAAGUCGUACCUUUUUAUGUGUCAUUUAGUCUUUAUUAUUUUUAAAAGACAGUCAGACAGAAAAAACGGCGAGACGGGAAAGGUUUCUUUUUCUUUCUUUACUUGGGAGCGUUGGCAGGAUUUCCAUUUACUUUGAACUGACAUUUGGAAAAAAGGUUACGAUGCGUUCACUGACUUUUCUGUUAAACAGGUCUUUGUUGUGAGCUAAAAGUGAAGCUUGCAAGAAGCAAUCUCAUUCUCAGUUUUACCAUCUUUUAUUUAGCUUCCAAAUAUUGUCUCUUUUGGCAGAGACGGGCCAAACCGACCACGCAAACUGUUCCCUCCUGGAACUUAACAUGCUGCUAUUGUUAUUGUUUUCUUUUAACACUAACGUCCAUUUUGUUCUCGGUGUAAUUUGGUUUGUAGGUACCAAGUAUAAAUGUGCAUGCGAGGAUGUGCCAGUGUUUUGAUCGGCAUUUAAUUUGUGUAAAUGUUUGUGCAUCUGAGGUUGAAUGAGCUCGCAGCCACACAGUGUUUAAAAAGACGAAAUUCUCUUUCGCUAUUUUUUUCUUUUUUUCCUCGAUGUUCAGCAACCGGCUGAGGCGCUGGAACUACCAACACGUGUUGGUAGUUCGUUUUGUAAGAUGGUAAUUCUUUAUUUUACAGGUCUGUUCGUUUCUUUAUGAUUUUCAUAAAACUAUUAAGAAAUGGAGGACUUGUAAAGUGAAGCAUCGCCUGUAUGACUCCUCUGUAUGAUCCAUCUAACUGUGCCCCGCACAUACUAGCCAUUCUCUCUCAAUGCCUGCCAUCCUGCCAUCUUAAUCUUUGAGAUUGAACAUCUUUUUUUUUUUUUACAACAGUUUCAUCCAGACAAGUCGUCGUCGCCUCCCCAGCUCGUCGUUGGUCACGUUUGUAAAUGUCCUCCUCCGUUCCACUUUUCUAUGGACUUUUUCUAGACGCGUUUCGUAACACCGUUAGUCGAGAGUCUCUGCAUACGAAUCAAGGCCGGAUUUAUAAUUAGUUCGUUUAGGGUAAGUUUUCUUUGGUUUGUGUGAGAGUGCUGAGCACUAAAGGGUAACUUGUUUGGAUGUUUGAGUGACUAAUUCGGACAAUUCCUUUUGAAAUUGGUCCAUUUAGUAUUGAGGGAGAACUCUGUGUUUGACGACAUUACACAGACUCUGAUCCGGUCUGUCUCUUGUUGUGUGUCCACAUUGACGAAAUCAUCUUAAUAUCUCAUUUAGGAAAUAUGCAGCAUUCUCCAUUGAUACUGGACCAAUUAUAAAAACCUCUUUGUCACAAUUACUCACUUGGACACAGAAACAUGUGGAAUAGGGAGCAGGUUUAAAAGUUCCCCUUUAAAUUAGCUUCCAUGCGGUUAGUGAGUCCUCCCGGUGACUAAGACUCAGACUGAAUGUUUGCUCCCGCUUAAUGAAAUCGGUAGAGAAUUUACUUGCUGCCAUCGGUCCAACAGUCUGUUCAUCUAGCCUGAUUAAUGUCUCCUUUUCCCAGCUAAGAAGGCCAGAGGCUCUCACUCCUCACCAGGGUCCUCUGCUUUCACACUCAAGAUUGUCUUUUUUUUUUUUUUUUUUUUAACUAAAUUAUUUUUUACAAACGGUUCUGUUAGAUAGCUGGUAUUUUGUCAAUGCUAUUGCUUCCUCGGUUCAGUCGUUCAGGCACGUCAGUUGUAUGUAGUUCUGUGACACACUCGUGGACACCAAAGACCAUCUCCAUCCACUGUCUCUGUUUAAGCACUCGAGACAGUUUCAUGGCAUGUAAUCUAAUAAUCCAUAUUCACAAAGCACUUUUUUAUAAGUGCUUUCUAGUAACCCCACAAAAAAGAUGCAUAAUACAGUCUCAUUAAAAGUAAUUCCUCGUAUUCGUUUGAUACGAGGAAAAUGUUAAAGAAUAGAAACCAUGAGGAUGAAACUGUCCUCACCAAGCUCAUUGGGCCAGGUGUGUUCUCAAAAUGGAGCUGCUCAGUAACCCUGAAAUGCUAAACUUUUUUUUUUGCCCAUGCACACCCGUCGACACUUCCUGCAGUCAUUGUUCACCGCUUACUGUUCCUUGUUUUGUCAAUAUUUACUCGUAUUUCAUUUUGAGGAACGUAAGUAACGUGAUGUUUUUAUAAGGGAUUAUUUCAAAACGGGGACUUUGACUUCUUCCUGAGUUGUCAGGUGACGGACUGAGCUUGUUCUAGUGCAGCGCUGAUAUGGGGAGACGCAACUACCACACAGUGGGAAGAAAAACAGACGGGGGAGUUUGGCAAAUGCAGUGGAGGCGGUGUGGUUACCGUGAUGGAUUAUCUAGCUUUAUGGAAGUUGUUUUUCACACUCCACAAGAAAGGCAGCAAAUGGCUUCCUGUUCUGGUAGAGUCCUCCAGCUGUUCAGGCACCAGAAGGGAUCAAUACUGAAUUUAAGUCUUUAAAUUUACAUUUGGGAGAGUUAUUAUUUUUAAAUAUGCAGCAACUACGACGGCUGGAUGCUGUGCAGCCCACACAGAAAGGUCUUUAAUUCCAGUUCCUUUGAUAACCACCAGAAACAUCUUACUGUAGUAGCGGAAACCAAGUAAAUGAACCGUCUUCAAGGAACAGUGUGUAGCAUUUAAGGGGACGGGGGGGUCCUAAAGCCCAGAAAUAAGGCUGUAGAUUGGGACAUUUGCGGUUUCACGUUGGCCAAAGGAGAAGUUUCAGCUGGAAGCAAUCUGCAACCUCACCACUAGAUGCUGCCAAAUCCUACACACUGCACCUUUAAACAAAAACAAUCAUUAAAAUCAGUUGAUGUAUGUAUGUAUGUAUGUAUGCCUUUACAGUAAGGAGUCAAGGCCUCAAUGUGAGAGGCCUUUCGUCUCAGCUCUACUUAUAGACUCAAAGUUUAUUUGCUUGAUCAUUGUGUUAACUGACAAAAGAUGGUGGUGAGUGGUGAACCCAAAGCUAAGCUUCAGAAAAUGUUUUUUUAUUUUUAUUGUGCUGUCCGUGUUUCAGACGGAUAUACUUGAACACUACAAUUCAGUGAGUUGAAACUAUAAUCGGAUCCUUUCGAAUUCACCGUUGUUUUUAGUCGGGCCUUGAUUGAGUGCAUGUUAAGUUUUGUAUUUUUAAGUUGGCCGUCUGUUUGGCUUUGACAAUAUAGUGUACGGUUCAUCUGAAGGGACUUUCACAGCUGUUUUCUUACAUCUUUCACAAGUUUUGAAAAAGAUUUUUCAAGUUUUGAUUUUAUGCUUGAUCACGGGAUGUACCGAAUCUUCUCUCUACUUUUUCUUUAAAAAGCUUCGACUCCCCCCCCCCCCCCAUCUGACGGAUUUCUCCCCUAUGAUCUAUGCAACACAUGCUCUGGUGUCCCCCGUUUGAGGCUGAAACAUGACGUGGAUUGAUGUAAUGUGUAAAUACUGUUAAAAAAAAAAAAAAAAAAAAAAAAAAAAAUGGGUCUAAAAUGCAGAUGUAUGUGAAAAAGCCAUCAGGAAAGAAUGAAAAUCAUGCUAAAAAUAAUGUAAUGAUGAAUGUCAGAAAUAUUUUUCUAUAUUUUGAAAUCAUUAGAAAAAAACAAAGGACAAAAAUACGAAGUGGGCAAAAUGCUGUCUGAAGAACACUACAAAGGGAAUGUUUCUAUUAAUUUAUAAAUUCUUUGCCUAGCAAUA